AUGUUGAAUAGGGAAUGGAGUAGUUGGGGCACUAAGAUGCCUUGGAGAGUGAAGCUUCGGCUUAACGGCAAGGCUCAUGUUCUUGAGACAGAGAAGCGUGUAUGUCCAGACAGAUGUGGUGCAAUUCUUUUACGUUCUACUCUGGAUUGCUUGAAGUUGAACCUUUCGAAGAAACUAACAAUGAACCCCCUGAAGAAAUAG